AUGGGUGCAGACUCUGCAAAUGGUACUCUUCAUUCCGAAACCACUUCAGCAGCAACAUACGCUAACGCCUUAGGUGCGAUAGCUAUCACUGCUGAUGGCAGCGCUUUUGAGCUGAAUGGUGACAACGUGUCGUACCGCUUCCAUGUCGACAACACUACCGGCGACCUGCUGUCGGAUCACUUUGGUGCUAGCGUCACGGGAGACAUUCCAACCGAAAUUCCUGACACGGUCAACGGCUGGGUCAAUACGAUCGGACGCGUCCGACGAGAAUUCCCUGACCAAGGCCGAGGGGACUUCCGAAAGCCAGCAGUUAGGAUUCGUCAAUCGGAAGGAUACACGGUCUCAGACCUGCAAUAUCAAUCACAUACAGUCAAGCACGGCAAGCCGGAACUGCCCGGUCUGCCAGCCACGUUCGGUACCGAGGACGAGGUGUCGACACUGAUCGUUCACCUCUACGACAACUAUAGCUCCGUCGCUGCGGACCUGUCAUACUCGAUCUUCCCCAAGUACAAUGCAAUUGUGCGCAGUGCAAGCAUCACGAACCAGGGCGAGGCCAACAUCACGGUUGAAUCGCUGGCAAGUAUCAGUGUGGACUUUCCGUAUGAGAAUCUCGACAUGAUCAGUCUUCGUGGAGAUUGGGCACGAGAGGCGCAUCGUGAGAGGCGAAAGGUUGAAUAUGGAACACAGGGUUUUGAGAGCAGUGUUGGAUACUCCUCCCACCUCCACAACCCAUUCCUUGCCAUCAUGGACCCAGCCAGUACCGAGUCUAGCGGUGAAGUCUGGGGUUUCUCGCUCGUCUACUCGGGAUCAUUCUCUAUCGAUGUCGAGAAAGGUUCCCAAGGAUUGACACGCGCUCUGGUAGGCCUCAACCCGAGCCAGCUCUCGUGGUCGCUUGGUCCAGGCGAAACCCUGACCUCUCCUGAAUGUGUCGCUGUUUAUUCUGACAGCGGAAUUGGUGGAAUGUCUCGCUCGCUUCAUCGUCUCUACCGCAAGAACCUAAUCAAGAGCAAGUUUGCUAUGGCUGACCGACCCGCUCUCCUGAACAGCUGGGAAGGACUCGGCUCCACUUACAACGAGUCUACCAUCUAUGAACUGGCCAAGGAAUCUGCUGAUCUUGGAAUCAAAAUGUUUGUUCUAGAUGACGGCUGGUUCGGCGACAAGUAUCCUCGUGUCUCAGACGAUGCCGGCCUGGGCGACUGGGUUCCGAAUCCUCGACGAUUCCCUGACGGUUUGGCGCACACCGUGAACAGCAUCACAGCUCUCAAAGCAGCCAACACAUCAACCAACCUGCGCUUUGGCCUCUGGUUUGAGCCUGAGAUGGUUAAUCCUAACUCCACUCUCUACCACGAGCACCCGGAAUGGGCGGUGCACGCGGGCAAAUACCCUCGCACGGAAACACGCAACCAACUUGUCCUCAAUGUGGCUCUCCCAGAAGUUCAGGAGUUCAUUAUUGAUGCUGUCUCCAACAUCCUCAACAGCGCCAACAUCAGCUACGUCAAGUGGGAUAACAAUCGAGGAAUCCACGAGAUGCCCUCCCCAUCCACGGACCACGAAUACAUGCUUGGAAUGUACCAUGUCUUCGACGCCCUGACCACGCGCUUCCCUGACGUGCUCUGGGAGGGAUGUGCUUCUGGCGGCGGCCGCUUCGACCCGGGUGUCCUCCAGUACUUCCCUCAGAUCUGGACCUCCGAUGAUACCGAUGCCGUGGAGCGCAUUACGAUCCAAAUGGGCACUUCUCUCGCCUACCCGCCCAGCGCAAUGGGCGCGCAUCUUUCGGCCGUACCAAACCAACAAACUGGUCGCACUCUCCCAGUCGACUUCCGCGGACACGUCGCGAUGAUGGGCGGCUCCUUCGGUCUCGAACUGGACCCCGCCGACAUACCGGCGGAUGACAAAGCCGCUCUUCCUGCUCUCAUUGAGCUUGCUGAGAAGGUUAAUCCGAUAAUUUUGACGGGUGACAUGUACCGUCUCAAUCUGCCGGAAGAGUCCAACUGGCCGGCUGUCCAGUUCCUUUCGGAGGACGGCAAGCAGGCUAUUAACCCUAACAUCAAUCAUGCUGCCCCGUGGGUUAAGUUGCAAGGCCUGGAUCCGAAGGCGACAUACAGCGUGGAUGGAAAUGCGACGUACUCCGGUUCUGUUUUGAUGAAGAUCGGCUUGCAGUUCCCUAUUGCGACGGAUUAUGGGAGCAAGGUUGUUUUCUUUGAGAAGCAAUAA